AUUCUCUGCCCCUCCAGGAUCCGCCCGCUGGCCCAGCCGUGGGCAGCCUUUCAGGAAGCCGGUGCCACCUUUCCUGGGCCCAGGGCCCUGCCCGGUUUCUUCAAGCAUGGCACCCUGGGUAGUGGCCGAUCGUCAGACAAAGGGCCGUCCUGGUCCAGCCGCUCCCUCGGUGCGCGCUGCCGAAACUCCAUCGCCUCCUGCCCGGAGGAGCAGCCCCACGUGGGCAACUACCGCCUGCUGAGGACCAUCGGGAAGGGCAACUUCGCCAAAGUCAAGCUGGCCCGGCACAUUCUCACUGGCCGGGAGGUUGCCAUCAAGAUCAUCGAUAAAACCCAGCUGAACCCCAGCAGUCUACAGAAGCUCUUCCGGGAGGUUCGCAUCAUGAAGGGCCUAAACCACCCCAACAUCGUGAAGCUCUUCGAGCCCUGCCCUGCCCUGCCCUGAGCCCUCGGCCUCUGCCCCGCAGGAGAAGUGUUUGACUACCUCGUGUCCCACGGCCGCAUGAAGGAGAAGGAAGCGCGGGCCAAGUUCCGACAGAUCGUAUCAGCCGUGCACUAUUGUCACCAGAAAAACAUCGUACACAGGGACCUGAAGGCCGAGAACCUGUUGCUGGACUCAGAGGCCAACAUCAAGAUCGCUGACUUCGGCUUUAGCAACGAGUUCACACUGGGCUCAAAGCUGGACACGUUCUGCGGGAGCCCCCCGUACGCCGCCCCGGAGCUGUUCCAGGGCAAGAAGUACGACGGGCCAGAGGUGGACAUCUGGAGCCUGGGCGUCAUCCUCUACACCCUUGUCAGCGGCUCCCUGCCCUUCGACGGCCACAACCUCAAGGAGCUGCGGGAGCGCGUGCUCCGGGGCAAGUACCGCGUCCCCUUCUACAUGUCCACGGACUGCGAGAGCGUCCUGCGGAGAUUCUUGGUGCUGAACCCCGCUAAACGCUGCACUCUCGAGCAAAUCAUGAAGGACAAAUGGAUCAACAUCGGCUACGAGGGUGAGGAGUUGAAGCCAUACACGGAGCCCGAGGAGGACUUCGGGGACACCAAGCGAAUCGAGGUGAUGGUGGGGAUGGGCUACACUCGGGAAGAGAUCAAAGAGGCCUUGACCAGCCAGAAGUACAACGAAGUGACCGCCACCUACCUCCUGCUGGGCAGGAAGACUGAGGAGGGUGGGGACCGGGGCGCCCUAGGGCUGGCCCUGGCACGGGUGCGGGCGCCCAGCGACACCACCAACGGAACAAGCUCCGGCAAAGGCGCCAGCCACAGCAAAGGGCAGCGGAGCUCGUCCUCCACCUACCACCGCCAGCGCAGGCACAGCGACUUCUGCGGUCCGUCCCCAGCGCCCCUGCACCCCAAACGCAGCCCGACCAGCACAGGGGAGGCGGAGCUGAAGGAGGAGCGGCUGCCUGGCCGGAAGGCGAGCUGCAGCGCCGCAGGCAGCGGGAGCCGGGGGCUGCCCCCCUCCAGCCCUAUGGUCAGCAGUGCCCACAACCCUAACAAGGCGGAGAUCCCAGAGCGGCGGAAGGACAGCACGAGCACGCCUAACAACCUUCCCCCCAGCAUGAUGACCCGCAGGAACACCUACGUUUGCACGGAGCGCCCUGGGGCUGAGCGCCCCUCCCUGUUGGCAAAUGGCAAAGAAAACAGGGUCGCAGACGAACCUGAGAGAAUCGGGGGACCUGAGGUCACAAGUGGCCAUCUACCUUGGGAUCAAGCGGAAACCGCCCCCCGGCUGCUCCGAUUCCCCUGGAGUGUGAAGCUGACCAGCUCGCGCCCUCCUGAGGCCCUGAUGGCAGCUCUGCGCCAGGCCACUGCAGCCCCCCUGUCCCACUUCGAAGUGGAGGUCUGCCAGCUGCCCCGGCCGGGCCUGCGGGGCGUGCUCUUCCGCCGCGUGGCAGGCACCGCCCUGGCCUUCCGCACCCUCGUCACCCGCAUCUCCAAUGACCUCGAGCUCUGAGCCUCCAUGGCCUGGGUCCCUUUUUCUCUCUCCUCUGCCCUUCACUUCUGCAAGAGGAAAAGGGGGCAGGGAGGAGAUUCUCUUCCUUAUCGGCUUGGUUUCCCUGGGUUACACUGGGGAACAGAGAUUGUCCCUUCUGCUCUUGUCUGGGGCCUCCUGGCAGAGAGCAGUGGGGGGCUUGGCGGUGGGAGCCGGCACCUCCUGGAGCCUCCGUCUGGUCCUGUUCCCUUCACCCUGCCGUGGGGCACCUGAGAAGACUUCGGGGACCAGACGGGCGGGAAGGGAAUCUGAGGAAACUUUCAUCCCUCAAGAAUUGAGUCUUGGGCAGAGGCGGGGAAAGCUGCUGA